AUGGGAGCCCCCGGGCAGGUCGAGGCGGUGUUGGCAGGCCUGUCAGCGCACCGACACCUGGACCGAGAGAACGCGCUCCUCGCGAUCGAAGAGGGACUCAAAGCAGGCCCAGAGGGCGCCAGCGACGUCGCUGCGCUGGCGGCGGGCAUCGCGCAGCUGCUUCAAGGCGACCGUUGGGAAAGCAAGCUCGGCGGCCUGCUGGCAGCCAAGCUGCUGCUGGAGCGGGUGCGGGAGCCGCCGGCCGGCUUUGAUGCGGCGAUGCAGUCUGAGGCGCUGCGGCUGCUGGAGGACCCGGAGGUCCGCGUGAGGCUGGCGGCCGGCGGCGUGCUGGGCGCGCUGUGCGGGCGGCGCGGCGUGGCGGCGUUCAGGGAGGCGCGGCGGCGCGUGCUGACCAGCAUCCUGGAGCAUUACGACCGGCCCGAGGAGGAGGAGGACAACCACCACGCGGGCGACGGCGGCGACCCCGACGCGGCCGGCAGCGCCGCCGGCCAGCGCAGCAGCGUCGCCCUCGGCGGCGGCGACAGCCCUAUGGCUUCGCGCGCCGGCAGCAGGGCGGGCAGCAGCCCGGACCUGCUGGGGGCGCUGCUGGCCGCGAGCUACAGGCCCACGCCGGUCGGGACGGGCGUGAUGCGGCACGGCACAGAGGGAUGGAAGUGCCUCGAGACCAGCAUGCGGGCGCUGCAGGCGAUGAUGGACAGCGCUGGGCCGGGGGUCAGGCCGGAGCUGGAUGAGGAGCUGAGGGAGCUGCUCUACAGGGCGGUGUACCACCCCAACCGCUUUGUGCGGGAGACGGCACACUUCACGCUCAAGUCGCUGUGCGAGGCGCUGCCAGGGGAGGAGCUGGCGGAGACUGUGGGGCCGCGGCUGGCGGGGCGACUUGCAGAUGGCCUCAGCGACAACUGGAGCCAGGUCCGCUACGCCGCCUGCGUCGCGGCGCGCGCGUUCAUGACGCGCCUGCCGCCCGCGGCUGCGUCUGCCUUCUACCCCGCGCUGCUGCCGGCAAUGUGCCUCAACCGAUACUACGUGGCCGAGGGCGUGCGGCUGUACGCCCAGGAGUCGUGGCGGCGCGUGGUGGGAGAGAGGGGGCGCGGGCUGGUGGCGCAGCACAUCGACGACGUGGUGUCGUACUACAUAGCCCAGUCCAAAGCCAACAACCAUGCAGUCCGGGAGUCCGCGUGCGCCUGCAUGGCGGAGCUGAUGGAGAAGGUUGACAAGGCGGCGGUGGCGCCCCACGUGCCGGCGCUGCUGCGGGCGCUGAUCACGUGCUUCAAGGACAUGAGCUGGCCGGUGCGGGACGCGGCGUGCGUGGCGUGCGGACGAGCGGCGGUGGUCGCCAGGUGCCACCCGCUGCGUCCCGACACGUGGCGGGCGGCGCCACCGCCGCGAGCGGCGCGCUCUUCGCUGUGCGUGGCAGCAUACCCCCAGGAGGCGCGCCCCGUGCUGCCGGAGCUGUUUUCCCUCUGGUCAGACCACGUGUGGGACAACAUCCCCACGGUCCGCGAGGACACGGCCGCGGCGCUGGGCCGCGCGGUGGGCGCGUACGGCGACGAGGGGGCGGCCUUCGUGGUCGCGGUGCUGAAGGAGCUGCUGCCAAAGGCGUUCAGCCAGGGGCCCGAGUCCCAAAAGUACUCCGGCCUCGAGAACACCACCACCUUCGGCGUCGCCGCCCGCCGCGCGCGCGACAACGACCCGGCGGUCCACACCGGCCAGGACAUGUUCAGCUGCGGCAGCCUGGUGGCGCGGUUCAGCACGAGCCACCUGGUUAAGAGCGACGGCUGCAACGACUACGGAUUCGCGCGGGACAAGCAGCCCUGGGAGGCGUCUGAUGGCGCAGUCCACCUCCUGAAGGAGCUCUCGGCAGUCCGCCCGGCCCUGGUCCCCGAGUUCAUGCCCACCUUGGCAGAUCUAUCCCGCCUCUCCACCUUCCAGCACGCCUUCAACAUGCACGAGACGAUCUGGAGGGCCCUCCCCCAGAUCGCGCGCAACCUCGGAUCCAAGGAGUUCAAGCGGCACCUGGAGGCGUUCCUCGCGCCUGCGUUCGCGGACCUGCGGUGCGGCCACCAGCUGUCCGAGGUUGCGGCGGGGCGGUGCAUCGCGGAGCUGCGGGACCUGCUGGGGCCGAGGAUUUUUGCGGGGCGCCUCGACGAGCAGCAGCGCGCGGCGAUGGAGUCGGACGCAAACAUCCCGCCGCCCGCGCCCGGCGGCCUGGCCGCGGCGAGCAUGGCGGGGCAGCUGCAGCAGCAGCCGGCGCCGGGCGCGGCCGGCGGCGCGGCGCCGUGGCUGCGGGCCGGCGGGGGGCAGCAGCAGCCGGGGGGGCUGGGUGUGACGAAGGCCCCCUGGGCGCAGGCUGGCACGGACGCGCAGUGA